CUUGAAUUUAAAACAGAGAAUUCUUCGUUAGGUUGGCAGCACUGCUGAAGGCAUCGAGAAGAGAAGAGAAGACAGAGGAAUUUUCUUCGCCGGUUGCUCGCUCAUUUCACCGCUCAUUAAUCCAUAAAUUGAGAGAUGUCCGAGAACGGAUCAACCACUCCUGUCCGACAUGGAAACAUGCUGUCCCCUGAUUCUCCUGGACAGCACAGUCUGCAGCUUCCGAGUCCGAUCAUUACCAGGAGGACCAGAACCCAUUCAACAUCUGAGAGGGCCAUGGUUAAUCCAUUGGAGCAUGGAAAGGUGAAGAAAUUCUGCCGUCAAAAGGGCCAUGGAUUCAUCACGAGGGAGGACGGAGAUGACAUCUUUGUCCACAUCUCUGAUAUUGAAGGCGAGUACGUCCCUCUUCCUGGCGACGAGGUGAUUUUCCGUCUCUGCCCGAUCCCGCCCAAGAUGGAAAAGUUCCAGGCAGUGCAUGUUAAGAUCAUUAACUUUGUGCCAGAGGUGCACUUGCGCUGGGACUGCCCAAGCGCUGAGAAUCCUGCCUAACUUCCAUCUCGACUGAUUCCAGUAGCCAUUCCUAAUCUUACGAUAGGUUUUAACGGUACUUAUCCUUUUUCGGAAGCAUUUUUUGAUAAAUCGUUAAAAGCCCUCGUUUAGAGGGUGAAAAUCAUCCGAUGCAAACAAGACUAAUUUUUAAAAAGAAAAACUGAUUAGAGCUUUUUGAACUUGCCUGAAGUUUCCAUUUUGAACUUCGCGUAUAAGGGUUUUUAGUUACUAAUUUCAUUUCGGAGAAAGGUUCGUCUCCUCUAUUUAAUAUUACGAAUCCCCUCUAUAGCUAGAAGUUGAUUAAACGUGUGCUAAAUAUUGAAAUAAUGGGACUGCAUGUAAUGUUACACACAAAAAGCAUCGAUUUUAGAACAAGAUGAAAUCUAUAUUUUUUUGAAAUCGGUGUUUUUCCUGAUACCUUAUAAAAGUAGCCAAUUUAUCAAAGAUUUUUGUUGCCAAGUAUAACUGCAAAAUAAAAUCAGCAUUUUUGAAACUGGA